UGUAGAGAUACCGAGUCAAAAAGAAUGGGAAGAGCUUUCAAAGACUGAAAGAGUUGCGUAUAUGCUUCAUUGCGCAGAGACCUCCGUCAGGAGGGAUUUGGGGGUCAUGAUUUUUGAGUUAUGAAGCUGACCGUCGCCCAAACGUCAUUCCACCCCACUUUUGACGAUUGUCAACAAUGGAAUACAACGUCUGACAACAUGAAUCAAGACAAUAUUUGUGUACGUGCGAGUACGAUAGCAAAAAUGGGCGAGAAUUACUAAGUUACCCAUCCAACUCGUUCAACAUUGAAGCGAAGUCACAAGCUCCAUAUCAACACUCCCGAAUCCGGAGGUAUCUCAUCCACCAUGACGCGGGAUCUGAUCCCGCACCACGACAACACAAUCCGAUUUGCCUCCACCAUCGCACCGGAUAAUAUCCACCUGCAUAUAUACGGCAUAAAGCUCGAUCUGAAGCAUUGUGACCUGUCUGUUAGGUGUCGUGCAUAUGCACGAUAAGGCGAAUGUGGCGUUGAUAGGACAAGCAGGUACCCUCCAUCUGCUAUCUGAGUGACAACAAGCACUCUAGUGCGGGGCAGGAGAUCCGCUACGGGAUAUCUUGACGAUGGGAUGGAUGAUGGGGUAUCUGGACUUGGACAACUUACUUUAGAAACUUGAGGUCUCUGAACAAAGAGCUUGACAUUUCGUUCUUCUUUGCCCUCACUUACUCUUGUCGAUAUCAAACAUGAAGAAAUCAAGCAUGAGAACUCUGAUGAACACAUCCUCAAUAUCAACUCGGAUUGCGUUGCCGCGAUGUCGAAGAUACUCACAAUCGCACUCUGUAACGACGACGGCAAGCACAUUGUCGAUGCCAACCACAUCACGGCAGUCUAUCACAGCCAAAACACUUCCUCCCCUUUCGCUCAUGCCCACACCUCUCCUUCUACGGUCUUACCUCAUAACCUCCAUCCUCUCUUCAUCUCGCCUCCUCAAACUCUCUUUGCCCCUCCUCAACAUAAUAGCUCACUCACCAUCCCGCUUCCUCAACCCCGACAAGAACCCCAUCAUCGGCCUCCUCGUCCGGAAGAUCAUCUACGAGCACUUCGUCGCAGGAGAUUGUGAAGCAGCUGUCAAGAAUACAGUUGCUCAGAUGAAGCAGGUUGGGUUCCAAGGUGUCAUUUUGGGGUAUGCGAAGGAGUUCGCUGCUGAUGAGGGAGAUGUAGGGAACGAAGAGACGGAUGUGAGGAGGUGGAAGGAAGGCUAUGAGAAGACAAUGGAAAUGAUAGGGCCGGAGGACUUCAUGGCUGUGAAGUUCUCAGGCGCAGGAGCACCCACCCUCUCAGCUCUCGCCAACAAACAACCACCCCCACCCCAAAUGUGGACGGAGAUGCUCUCACUCUGCCACGCCGCCAAAGCCAAAAACAUCCGCGUCUGGAUCGACGCCGAACAACAAGACCUCCAGCCCACAAUCGACGACUGGACACUCCUCCUCAUGCGAAAAUUCAACCGCAACAACCAAGCUUUCAUGUACAACACCUUUCAAGCCUACCUGAAAUCCACGCCAAACAACAUCCUCAAGUACCUGAAGCUCGCCCAAGACGAAGGCUGGACCAUGGGAAUCAAGCUUGUGAGAGGAGCGUAUAUCGCUACUGAGAAGAGGGAGUUGAUCCAUGAUACUAUCGAGCAAACUCAUAAUGCGUAUAAUGGCAUUGUGGAGAAUCUCCUGAAGCGACAGUACCCAGGUCUAGAUGAGAAGAAGCCAUACCCAGAAGUCGCACUCAUGCUCGCGAGUCACAACGAAACGAGUAUCAAGAACGCCUACGCGAUCCAGAAGUCUUUGAUCGAGCAAGGCCAGCCCACGAUCAAAUUGGAGUAUGGACAGUUGCAGGGUAUGGCAGAUGAGGUUAGCUGUGGAUUGUUGCAGCUUUGUCAACAAGGUGGAGAGAAAGGGGGAAGUGAGAAGAGAAUUGAGAUGGAUGAGAAGCUGAGACCGAGGGCUUUUAAGUGCUUGGCUUGGGGGAGUACGCAGGAGUGUUUGCAGUUCUUGCUGAGGAGAGUUAAGGAGAAUGGCGAUGCGGUUAGUAGGACUGGAGGGUGGGUUGUAAGGUUUCGGAAGGAGAUUUGGAGGCGAGUCAAGGGAAGCUUUAGGAUGAUUUGAGGAUUUGACUCCUUGAGCACGUGGAAUGAACGAAAAAGAGUUGAUUUCUUGACCUUUAAGCACAACCAAGCUGAUACUGAUUAGACAUUCCCCCCGACACAAAGUUCCUCUUCAUCUGACGACCCACCAGUUACGAGCGGGCGGUGAG